GUGGCCAUAGAUUCUGGUCAACGGUCAUGAUGAUUGACGCACCGUUCUAUCGUUGUGUUGUUCUGCAUUGACAGAAUAUUACUGAAGAUUGGAGGGCAUGAAAGCAUACUCCGGAAUUUCCGACAGGAAUACUGCCGUCUGGCAUCCGACAGUGACUCGGUGUUAGCAACGCAGCAAGACGAAGGCAAUCCAUAUUGCUUGGUAGCAUUAUGACCAUGGCGUGCCGAGUGCAAGGACCGCCAUUUUGACAGCCGCCGCGAAAAGCAGAGGAACGGUGGAGGGGAGCGCAGCAUCCUCUUCGACGAGUCUGGACGAUCAAUGGCAUGCAGCGCGUCCGAAUCGCGAGAGAGGAGCAUCCCAUGCGAUGGUUCUGCUCUUGUUCAGAGAGAUGGACAACGAGCAGGACUUACCUUCAUCCAUCCGCUCGCGGGCAACAUCUAUCGCGGACCAUUCGCGACUCCCGCGGAGGAAUAAAACGUGUUCUUUUGACCAGAGCAACGCAAAGUCCAAUGUUGCGUCUGGUGACAACGACUGUGGAAGAUCCCCUAGCGUACAGUGCUUUCACGUCUCAAGCAUUCGCCGUCACAUUCCAGGACGCCAUCAUCUUCCUCAAGUCAUUCACUCAGCAGCGUCUUCUUCGACCACAAGUGGAGGUUGGCGGCAACCAGAGUCACCAGAAGGAGGAUAUGAAGUUGCUUGAUCGACUUCAAGCGGUUUUGAACCGCUAUCUCCAGCAUCGUAAUUUGACCACUCAGAGGGGCGAAAAUUGCAGUCCAGAAAAUCGCAGAAGACGUCCAGGCAGUUCACAGAGCGUUCGCAAAGUCAGGAGUACAUUUUGAGCUAGAAGCAAACAGCCGAAGAGGUGGUGGUCGUUGCGGAAGUAGCCGCGACGCGACGCGGGAAGCGAGCGGUGGCACGCGGAUGCACCACGCUUCACUGCGUCGACCUUUGUCGACUUGCGUUGACUCAGUUCCUUGCUGGUAGCCGUGUUCGU